ACCAUAUCAAAACAUCUCCAGGCUCUUUAUUCUUUUUACUCUUAGCCUUAUGGUCCACUAUAUUCAACCCAACCGAUUGACGACCUGGAACAGAUUCUCGAAAUAAUAUCUCCGACUCCGCACUGAAGCUCUUUACGAUCAAGAACGAUACGAACUCCACAAAGCUUACGUACCUAGAGACGACCACGAAUACUCAAAUACCGUAAUUAUGGCGUACAACCCGCGAAUGUCGAUAAUUCCGCCGUCGCAAACGCAGUCGGGGCGCACCCGCAAGAAGGAGGAAGAAGCGGACGCCUUCAUGCGGUUACCGGAUAGAGAGAUUGUCGGAUGCAUAACAGACAUCGGCAUCCCAUUUACCGUUGCCGACCUACAGAAGCCGAAUCCUCUACAGGUCCAAAUGAUCUUCGAGUGGUUCGCCGAAUUAUUAUUGAAUGCGACGCGCGAGACCGUUCAUCCUGCCAUGAGCGCCGCUGCUGAAGAUGUUUGCGGCGAGUUUGCCGAUAUUGUACCCCCCGACACGCGGGACCUUCUAGGAUUCUACGUAUCGCUGCGCAAAUUGCUCCUCGAAUGCGGUAUCACCGACUUUAGCUUUACCGAUCUAUACAAGCCCACGCACCCGCGACUUGUCAAGAUCUUCAGUUAUCUAAUUAACUUCGUCCGAUUCCGUGAGAGCCAAACAAAUAUUAUCGACGAACAUUUUAACAGAGCCGAGCAGACUAAAGCGCGUAUCGAAACACUAGAUGGCGAGAAUAGGGUUAUGGAAGAAAGGCUAGAAGAGAUGAAACACAACCGCGGUAUGAUGGAAGCACAAGUACGCGAGAAGACAGAGCGCAACGAGGAGUUGAAGAAGACUCUAUUGGAGCUUCGAAGGAACCAAGAGAAGGUCGCAAUGCGAUUGGAAGAAGCCAAAGAAAAGAAGGGACAACUAGCGCAAAGACUCGAGCAAAAGACCGCUGAUAAGAUGAUGCUUAAGCAAGAAAGCGCCAAGUUACGACCAUAUACUCUACAGAGCCCUCAAGCACUACAGACAAGCCUCACGGAACUCAACAAUACUCUCAAUGGGGAUAAGGCACAUAUAGAUUCACUCGACCGACGAGCAAGAGCACUCCAAACGUCAACAGAUUCAUUCGGGGUCGUAGCAACCGAUGUAGCAUCGUGCAUUAAACUCCUCGACGAGAUCGCCUCGGAAUUAUCCAAGGAAGAAGAGGAGAAUGCUAGAAACGCCAGACAACGAGAUGCAUUAUCAGAACGUGGCAAUAACGUCAAGGAAGUGGAGAGAACAGAAGCAUUGCUGCAAAGGCAAUUAAGCAAAUGGAAUGAGCGUACGGAAAAGCUUCGCGAUCAAAGCCGUGAAAAAGCCCAGGAAGCCAAGGAAAAGAUGGAGGAGCUUCGAGCGCUACACAAGAAGUUGACGGAAGAACGAUCAGCAAAAGGGACAGAAAUUGAGAGACGAAGAGUCCGAAUUGAACAAACUGAGAAAAAGAUGCUGGAUCUCAAGGAGAACAUUGAGAACGAGGUCCACAGCGCCUACGAUGAGUACCUAAAGAUGGAGUCGCACAUCAAGCUGUACAUUACAGAGAUGGAACAGGCCAUCUAAUUAUUCCAUCCUGUCUAUCUUUUCGAUGUAUGCAUUAUGAGGCUAUUUCAAGAUACCACGGGAGGCGUUGAGGUGUUCAAGAUUGACCAAGAUUAGGAUC